AAUCAAUGCGCAUUGCUAGCUUAAAUUUCCCAAUCAUUUUUUUUCAUAAGAAUUUAUCAUCAGCAAGGAGGAAAAAAAUAUAUGUUUUAGGAGAAAAGACAUAUAUGCACAACGUGGUACAUAUGUGGCGCGAUUGAUCAUCCUCAAUUGCAUAUUUCAAUAAAUUGGGGGGUUCAUAUACUUUGAAUUUUGAGUCCUGGAUUACAUCGAAGUCGAGUUAACAUCCUUGACUCCAGGAUUGAAUUUGGUAGAACAUAGAGGAUCAGCGAUUUUAUAUAUUUUAAAUUUAAAUUUGGGUAGGAACCAAAAAAUAAUAUAUAUAUAUAUAUAACUCAAAAAAGAAAAAGAAAAAAAAUUAAACAGCUUCGUCGUUAAGAAAAUGGAGAUGUUAGAUUAUAGUCAAAGAAUGUCUUUAGUUGGACAUGUCAUUUCCAUGAUCUCCACACGCUAAAAGAUGGCGUUUGGGCAUCUACUUGAACGGUGGGUCAACUCCUAAGAAAAAAAAAAAAACCGAAAGCAGAAGAAUAAUGCUUCUCGGAUAUAUUUCAUGUUUUUGUCGCUUCCUUGUUUACGUUGCGAAUUAAAGUAUUAUUUUUAUCACAUGUUGUCUUUGUCUUUAAAUCCCCAAAAUGUUAUUUUAUUUUGUUUUCUGCCCUUGCAUUCAAACAUCCAUAGUUAAAAAAUUAUAACCAAAAAAGAGAAAUAUAUGGUUCAAAAAUCUUACUUAAUGACUUUUUCCAUCUCUGACACAGUAAAGUAUUUCUGUUAGCAAAUUCUUGUAGGCACAUAUAGAUACACAUAAAAAGGAUUUGGUUGCUAUAACGGAAAGAAAAAUUAUCAAGUUUCUUCCAAUAAAUAAUUAAUAAUCCUUCACUUGCACUACAAGAUCCUGAUUGAAAGCCAUGUAUAUAUGAAUCUUUCUUACAAGCAAAAAGCAAAUUAAAGCAAAAGAAAUGUUUAAUAAGGUUUGCUUUUUAUAUAUAAAAGGGCUUCUAAUUUUGUUCCCUUAAUUCCUUCCCCAAUACUUGUUACAAGAAUUGAAACCUUCAAAAGCUAUUGUUUUGAGUCACUUUGAUACUUUAUACAGGUGUUGUUUAAAAUUAUUGAGAUUUCUCAAUCCCAGAAGAAUGAAGAGAAAAAUUGGCUCCCGCAUCAGGAAUUUCCUUUCCUGCACUGUAUCCGGAAAUACCAGUUCGAACCUGUCAAUGGGAGUAGAAGAUGUUCGUGAGGAAUAUGCCAAUGCCUUCCGUACCGAAUCAUACAUAGACUUCUGGACACGUGUCCUCACAUUAUCCAACGGUGAGUCCCCCACAUGUAUUCCACUGGGCUCCACCAGUGCUGCUCGGCUUCCAUCCUAUCGUCUUUUCACCGAGCAUCUUCUGGAUCCGGAUCAAGCUACCGUUGCCCGGAUCCUUACUUUGACCCGUAACCGACCCACUUGCCAUACACUACUAUCCGAUUACUUCACCCAAACUGCUAAUGCUUUCAUCAUCUGCAGCCUCCUGUUGAAAGAGAUCGAACACACACGUGCCAAAUACCGUUCCUUUAAAACCACACUUCAUUCCCUUGAAGCCGUUGAAUUCUACCCGAUUAACCACUUUCCAACUUUUUUAACCCGGUUAACCGAAUUCUCCAACUCCAUCAACCCGUUUGUAUCAUCCUCUUCGUCACCAUGCCGGGUUAGGACAAUCCAAUCGGGUUGCUCCGAAUUAUUAAAACGGCUUGAGUCGAGCCGUAACAAGACUCAAACCAAGCUUCAUCUCCUAAACAAAUUCAAACACAGCUCGGCUUUUGUCCUUGUGGCAUUAACAACUUCGUUGAGUGUAAUUGUUGUGACACAUGCUCUAUCAUUGGUGAUAGCAAUGCCAAGCCUGAUUGUGGCUUCGCUUGAGCUGGCUUCAUCGAGGAAGCUAGCUAGAGUGAUAGCUCAGCUGGAUUCAGCCGCCAAAGGGACAUAUAUAUUGAAUAGGGACUUGGAUACAAUUAGCCGGAUUGUGACCCGGCUGAACGAUGAACUUGAGCAUAUGCGUGGGAUGGCCAAGUUUUGGGUGGAGCGGGGAGAGGGUCGGGUCCGGGUCCGGGCCACUGGUGAAGUGGCCCGCCAGCUGAAAGAAAAUGACUCAAGGUUUAGGGAACAGCUUGAUGAAUUAGAGGAGCAUUUGUAUCUAUGUUUCAUGACCAUUAACAGGGCCAGAAACCUUGUAGUGAAAGAAAUUGUGGAUCCGGAUCAGCCGACCAAAGCCCCAUGUUUAUUCUCAAAUUAACAAAUUCAUCAAUAUUAUUAUGAUUUUUCGCUUUUUUUUUUAAUAUUUUGACCACAAUUAUUUUGUUAAUUGAUUUUUGAAAAUCAAAGAAA